AUUUCAAUAUGUAUCGCUCGUCCUAUCAAAAGGGAUUCCUGACGGUUCUUUACAGCGUGGGCAGCUCCCCGCUGGAUAAAUGGUCCACAUAUACAAAAAAUGGUUAUAUCAAACGCGUUUACGAUGAGGAUAUCAAAUCUUUGGUGCUGGAAAUAAUGGGAUCGAACGUCUCGACUACAUUUGUACAUUGCCCCAGCGAUUGCAAAGCAGAACUGGGCAUUAAGCUGCCAUUUCUGGUGUUGCUCAUAAAAAAUAUGCAUAAAUAUUUUUGCUUUGAGGUUAAGAUCCAGGACGAUCAGCGCUUUAUGCGUCGCUUCCGUGUAUCGAAUUUCCAGAGCAAAACAUCUGUGAAGCCCUUCUGCACAGCCAUGCCCAUGGGCAUGUCGCCUGGCUGGAAUCAAAUACAAUUCAAUUUGGCCGACUUUACACGUCGCGCCUAUGGCUCGAACUACUUGGAGACUGUGUCGCUGCAGGUGCACGCCAACGUGCGCAUCCGACGCGUCUACUUCACUGACAAGCUUUACACUGAAGCCGAGCUGCCCAAUGACUAUCGUCUGAUGGGCAAGCCCAAGGAUCUGAAGAAGGAGAAACAGUUUAAGGCACCGCCCACCGCUCGUCCACCAUCGCCUCUGAAUACGGCACGUGCCGAGGCGGCAACAGCCAAAACCGAGGAGUCGGCGGCGCCAGUGGAGACAGAUACCGAAAUGGAGAUGGGCGCUUCCGACGCUGGCAAAUCGGCCCCGCCGGAAACUGCUGAAUCUGAUGCGGCUCCAACAGAGGAGCCGCCGGCACAGACCGAUGCCACCGAGGAAGCCUAUUAUUAAGAUAUUUCUGCUGUUAAUGUUCAAAUGUUCAGUUAUAUGUUUAGAUUGUGCACGCAACUGGAGAGAGGCCCAGGCCAAGGCCGAGUAGCAGCUAAAUUAGCUAGUCGUAGGAAUACAAGAAUCGAUUAAAAAUAUAAA